AUGGCAGCAGGCGCGAAGGGCGACGGGCUGGCGAUCGGCAUCGACCUCGGGACGACCUACUCCUGCGUGGCCGUCUGGCGGAAGUCGCACAACCGUGUGGAGGUCAUCGCCAACGACCAGGGCAACUUUACCACGCCGUCCUGCGUUGCCUUCACCGACGCAUGGAGGCUCAUCGGCGACGCGGCUGUGAACCAGGCCGCCAUGAACCCCGUCAACACCAUCUUCGAUGUGAAGCGACUUAUUGGCCGGCAUUUUAGCGAUGCGUUGGUGCAAGGAGACAUCAAGACGUCCACGUGGCCAUUCAAAGUUGUCUCCGGUCCCAGCGACCGGCCGAUGAUCGUGGUGCAGUAUAUGGACGUGGAGAAGCAGUUUAAGGCCGAGGAGAUCUCAGCCAUGGUUCUCGGCAAGAUGCGGGAGAUCGCCGAGGCCUACCUCGGCACCGAGGUGAAGAAUGCUGUCAUUACCGUCCCGGUCUACUUCACGGAUUCCCAGAGGCAAGCAACCAUUGAUGCCAGCACCAUCGCCGGCCUCAAUGUCAUGCGCAUCAUCAACGAGCCCUCUGCCGCUGCCCUUGCCUAUGGUUUGGGCAAGAUGUCACCCAUUGACGAAGUCAAGACUGUGCUUGUGUUUGAUCUUGGUGGCGGUACCUUGGACGUCUCCAUUGUCAAAGUUGAUCGGAGUGCCGACAUUGAGAUGGACAUCUUUCAGGUCAAGGCCACGGCCGGUGACACACACCUCGGCGGCGAGGAUUUCAACACCCACAUGGUGAAACACUUAGUGCGGGAGUUCCUUAAGAAGUACAAGAAGAAUGACAUCAGGAAAAACCCAACGGCGCUUCGCCGGCUCAGGACGGCCUGCGAGAAGGCCAAGAGGGUGCUCUCCUAUGCGUCCCAGGUAACCGUUGAGAUCGACUCACUUCACGACGGCAUCGACUUCUAUGGUGUCAUCACCCGCACAAAGUUCGAGGAGCUCAACAUGGACCUCUUCAGCAAUUGCAUUGUGCAUGUGGAGAAGUGCCUGAGCGACGCCAAUAUGGACAAGUCUAUGAUCGAUGACAUCUUGCUCGUGGGUGGCUCCUCCCGGAUCCCGAAAGUCCAAGAGCUGCUCCGGGAUUUCUUUGACGGGAAAGAACUCUGCACAAGUAUCAACCCGGACGAGGCUGCCGCCUAUGGUGCCGCUGUAAAGGCAGCGCUCCUCAACGAUGAGGGCUUCAAGGAAGUGCGGGAUGUAGUCCUGCUCGAGGUCACACAACUCUCACUUGGGGUGGAGACGGAAGGUGGUGUCAUGAGCGUGCUGAUCCCGAAGACCACUACCAUCCCGGUCAAGAAGGAGAGGGUUUACACGACUUGCUACGACAACCAGACACAAGUGCUGUUUCAGGUGUACCAAGGCGAGGGGUCGGAAACCAAGGACAACAUCCUCCUCGGGAAGUUCACUCUCCGUGGCAUCCCCCCAGCGCCCAGGGGCCAGCCGAAGAUCAACGUUACCUUUGAAAUCGACGCUGACAACAUACUGCAGGUACGUGCAACAAGAACAUAA